UAAAAUUGGAACUACUUCCUGCAUCAUUUGAAAGAAUCCUCAAACUACCUAGAACCUGGAACGGGAGAACUUUCUUUCGGAUUAGAUCAGCUGAUGGCUGUAGGGAUCAAAGGACUGAGUGACUGACAACUGGACUGUACCAGUGUACCUCAAGACUCAGCCCUCAACGUUUGAUAACGUAUCCUGUCGAAGUGACAUGCUUACCGUUCAUUGUCACUAACCAGCGGUCCGGCAGCGGCGUUAUCUACUUUAACGUUCAAGCCAAUCUCGACAUUUUUUUCUGCGUCAUAACUAUCGAGACCGUCGUUGUGUGCUGCCUGACGCCGAUGUGAUGAGCUUCAGCCACGACGUAUUGAACUUCAUAGUCCAGCCCCUGCACUACACAUCUGCUGCUGCUGUGCGCACAAACAUCUGCACUCAUCUCCUACACUUCAUGCUACGUCUCUAGUUUACUCUACGUGCUACGUAGAGUAAACUUCUCUGCCCGCUACGUCAUCACUACCCGCGGCGUCUCUAGUUCUGCUGCUGUGUUCUGCUGCUGUGUUCUGCCUAGUCUAUGAUCUGUUGUGCUGCAGGAGUGUUCUAGCGGGCUGAUUGCUUCAAUUUCUUCCAGUCUGUAAUGUUAUCAUCUCGUAUUCUUUCAGACUGUAGUUCCUAUGGUAAAUUUUAUUGUGCGCCUCAUAUGAUUAGCAAGCACAUUACUUUGGUCUCAAAAUAACUUGGUUUUUGCUCCUCAGGUUUUUUUACUUUCCGUUUAUGUGUAGUGUCAUUUAGAGAAGUAAUUCUUACAUUCCCUGAUUUUACCGUAGAGUUAUUCAGAUUUAGGCUAAUAUUCUUUGCGUUGCUUGUGGUUUCGUGCAUUCUUUUCUUUUAAGUGUAAGCCGGAAAUUACUGACGCGGCCGUUCCAUUUUUCUUAAUUUUUCUCUACUGACCGCGGGAUGGUAAUGAAUAUGUUAAGAAAAUUGUAAAUGUCAACGUUGCUCUCGUGUUCCAAGCUUUCGUUUGCUUUUGUAAGGUCAAUUCAUGUUGCACCGAAUGCUGGAGUACAUCUUAAUAGUUACGCAGCCUUUUAAAAAUAUGAACGAAUUUAAAAUCUUAUAAUGUUAAGGAAUACUCGGAAUCUCGAAAAAAGAGCGUAUAUUAAGCUAACUUAUAUUAAUAUUAAUUACAUUUCAAUACGGUCACCUACGUUAAUAUCAUUUGUUAUUUAAUAGGUUAUCAGUCCCUUGUCUUGGAGUGGCAACUGAUCUUGGCUUUGUCUUCCUCUACGGAUGUGUCAGAUAUUAAUAAUCUCAUGAACGUACUCGUUAUUGUAGGUAGCACCAUUACUACCAUCAAUAUAUAUUCAGUAUAUGUUCAAAUUAAAAUUAGUGGUUCGAAAUAAAGCACUCGUAUUUGAUUCUCGGAAUAGCGUAGUUCGUGUGUACGUAUGUGUUAGUGCAAUAAACAUAGUUUUUUACCAUGACUUCCAGAAUCUCACUGAUAACGUUAGCUUACAGUAAUAUAAUCGUGAUAUCAGUGUAAUAUUAUCUAACUGACUUGGGCCCACUCAGCAUAAUCUAUUUUUGCGCACUUGUGCACAUUUUCUUGAAAACUUUUCGGACACCGCCGCCAACGCCAAAUACAACAUCGAGACGGCAGCUGUGCUCUGAACCUAUGUAGGUGUCGGUCUCGUGCUAAGAGAAUUAAUAUCCCUCAGCCAUGGCUUUCCAGUGGUAUCAUUGAUCUACACUUACACAGACUAGUUUUACUUCCAUUUUCUAGUCCACUCGAGUUGAAAAAUAUGAAUACUAGUAUUUGACCUGUGUUUGUGUGUCUAUUUUGAAAGCCUCUACUAUUACUUAGUAUGCAGUUCUGAAACGAUGAUGGUUUGGUUAUUCUUAUAUUUUUAGAAGUGGGAUUUCUCUGACCGUUUUACUUGGAUAAUUUUUUGGUUUAUAUAAUAGAUUAUUUUUUUCAACUAGUUAUCUGAAUCCCUAAAACAAUUUUUGUUUUAUAUCGUUUUACUCGUGCAACGCAUAUAGCAGAAAUUGCGUUUCAAAGAGCUUCAGAAUCUCAACUAUUAAACAACUUGACUUACACAUAUAAGCUUCCAUGUUAUCACACAUGCAACGUUAUAAUCAAUGUUAUAGGGUUAAUAUCAACUACAGUUUGGUGUACUUAAAGACAAGCUUGUUAUGCACUUCCAUCGAUACUCGACUGUGCAUCAGCACUCCUGUUUAAUUUUUUAUUUUACUCUUCUAAAUCAAAUGAAGAUCUGCGUUCUCAAAACUUUGCUCUAUAUAUUUGGUUAUAAAUCAAGUGUAUUAUAUUUGAAGCAAUCGGAGUAUGCCCUCUGUGUUACAGAACUAACUACUGUACUCAUAAUAACGAUGGUUGAGGCUUUGGUUGUUCUCUUCCAAAUGCAAUGUAUUCAAGUAGGUGUCAUGUCCUUAUGUUAAGUGGAAAUUUUAAUCGUUGCUCUCUUUUGAUGCUGCGGAUUCAAUGAGUAUAAAUAAGCCAAGCUGGUGUCUCAAAUUUAUAUUUAUAUAACGUCCAAUUCUCUGUUCCCGCGCAUGUAAUAACAAGAAUUACUCAGUCUAGAUUGCUUUGUGAGCUGCCAAAUCAAUAUAGCUCUUAAGUUUCUGACCUUUAUACCAUAAAGAUUGCUAUAAUUUUUUGUUUGAAUAGCUUGGCUAAUACACUUGCGUGAGGGGAAGGCCCGUUGUUAGAUCAGACUCGCCGCCAUGUUUAUUGUUGCUUUAAAGUGAUAUUCAUUUAUUAACCCGUCCUUUCUUUCAUCGAGAUUUAAUAUAUUUUGUAACCAUUCUCCACAAAACUGAUCACAAAUCCCUGUUAGUGAAGAAGGUCCAUUAUUUGUAGUGCAACAUGUGUUUUGUAUGGUUUAUACAUCCUCUAGGUCGUUCCUUCCUUCCCCAUACAGAAGUUCGUUCGUUAGUCCUCACAUUCCCGAAAACUUUUCCGCCAUUUUUGUAUGCGUGCAAUUUCCAGUGAAUAUGUGACAGUAAUGUAUUCAUUUUCCUUUAAUAUCUUUAGUUGUCUCAACUAAAAUUAUGUAAUCAACUGUAAACUAAUUGUAUAAGCACAGUUGAGAGACCAAUAGCUUAGAUGUAGAAUUUUAAAGAUUAGCAGCAGCUUCGCAUCAACCCAAGUCUUCUACGUCAGCCACUGUGUACACUUAAGGUUCAUGUGCCAUCGCCUCUUAUAUUCAUAUAAUAGAAUUAUGAUAAUUAUUCAUGUGUUAGCACGUAGCUCACUGUUCUAAUAAUGUCGAUAUUGUAAGUUAGGUUUUUUUUACUUGUAUUGAAAUGAGGUGGUUGUUGUUCCAUUGAUGGUUUAUUUUUCUUCGCUUCCACUCGGUGCUUUGAGUCUUUGGGUGCCAACCGUCUCACUGAUGCUGUAUAUAUAUUUAUAUAUAUACGCUAUCAAUUAACUCACCCGUUUGGGAAGUCAAGGAUAUCGCAUUGCGUCUGCUAGUCGUCUCUUGGUCGCAUUUUCUUGUAUACUGGAUUUCUGCGUUAUUUUGGCAAGACGCUCACCAAGUUACCCGAUGGAGGAUUGAGAACCUCGUGGCGUCGCGCCUCGAUAAAAAGCUACCCUAGCCAUGAUGUACGGUCCCGCCUCGUACUCCCGGGGCACACAUACGUACCGGUCUGUGGGCCGGGGGACUGGGGGACCAGACAAGCCCCACCGCAUCCUGCACCGCCAGCUGCCCUCUGCCAUCACCCACUCUUGUGGUGCAGACGACCCGUACCAGCAAGUGCAGUCAUAUGGCUGGUCUGAGUGCAGCGCUGUGCUCUGUGGCUGCUGCUCGCCCGCCUGCUGCUCCCCCGCCUGCUACUCCCUGCCCUUCGCCUGCUGCAGGUGUUUAGGCAGCGUAGGUGGCAGACAGCCGUGGAAGGUGCUGGUGUUGUUGCUGUUGGUGUUGACGGGAGUGCAGCUCUACACGAGCGUCGCGUCCAGCAGGCGCUCAUCACCGCUCUUUACUGUCAACCUCUCCUCCCCUGCAGUCGUCUGGGAUCCCGAAGGACUUCCUCAUUUCAAGGGCCAACAAGGUGAGCGUGGCAGUGAGAAGACUUCUCCCUCGCUACCAAGCGACCAUAACGAUCUUCGCGAUGUCAAAUUACUCGGUCUCGGUGGCGUCAACAACAGCGUUGACGAUGGCCCUCCCGCCCAACUCGUCCACAUGGAUAGCCAAGUAAUUGAUCACAGCCUCAACCACAGUACGGUUCGUGGAGAUGGACGUGACAAAAACGAUUUAAGAAACAAGAAAGGGAAUAACUUGACUGGCGUGAAUAACUUGACAGGCAAGGUGCCACACAUGAGCCUUCUGAGCGACGAGCUGCCCGCUUGUCCUCCCGUACCGCCGCUCCUUGGAGGACCCGUCGCUGUGGAUGCUUCUACAGCGGACCUGCUGACGGAGGAGCGACGACACCCCGAGCUCCUGUUGGGGGGCAAGUGGCGGCCGCUGGAAUGCCAGUCGCGGCACAAAGUGGCCAUCAUCAUCCCGUAUAGGUCUCGGGCUGCGCACCUUGCAAUACUCCUGCGUCAUCUGCACCCCUUCUUGCAGAAACAACAGCUCGACUACAGCAUCUUCGUGGUGGAGCAAGCAGGUAACGGAAAGUUCAACCGUGCAAUGCUCCUGAACAUCGGGGCGCUGGAGAGUGUGAAGCUGUACCCCUACGAGUGCUUCAUCUUCCAUGACAUCGACCUGCUGCCUGAAGACGCCCGCAACCUUUACACCUGCCCCCAGCAGCCACGCCACAUGAGCGUCGCUAUAGACACCAUGCAAUACAGGCUGCCGUAUAACGACAUCUUUGGUGGCGUGAGCGCGCUAUCGGUGGAACACUUGCGUAAAGUUAACGGCUUCAGCAAUAAAUUCUGGGGCUGGGGUGGAGAAGACGAUGACAUGUCCAACCGCAUCAAGUUCCACGGGCUUUACAUCUCGCGCUACCCCGCCAACAUCGCGCGCUACACGAUGCUCAGUCAUAAGAAGCAGGACCCCAACCCUCAGAGGUACCAGGCGCUGUACUCGGGCAAGAAGCGCUUCUCCUCAGACGGCCUCAACUCUGUUAAGUAUCGCGUGCUGGACGUGCAGCUGCGCAGGCUCUUCACGUGGAUCUACGUGGAGCCUCUCAAGUCCUGAUGGCUCUUAGCGUCACGUUGCUAUAGUUUUUUCCUACUCGCCAGGCUGUUAUUUAAUUGCUGGGAUGUUUUUUACGUUUGUAAAAAACAGCCAAGUAAUAUAGUGUAGUAUUACGCAGCAAGCGAUGCCAGAAAUUUUCCCAUAGCCAUAAAUAUGUAAAUUCACAAAGAUAUUUUCGUGGUGGCCCUGGGUUACUGACUUUGUAGAUGACCGUUUGAUUCUUCAGACAACAGCGUCCGUUUCUUAUAUUCUGUUUGUUCCUAUUGUAUCUUGGCAGACAAUAAAUCUCUGUCAACAUACAGUCAACCCACCACACAACUCUGCUUAUAGCGCAUCUGAAUCACUCGGGAGGUGAAUUUUUCAGUGAUCUAUGAUACUAUGUAACUUCCUUAGACUAUUUUCAGCGUUUUUAUGUCGUUUCUUCUAUCUUUAUUCUAUGAUCUUUAGUCGUCUCAGCUUGCAUUGAGUUGCUCCGACACAUUACGCUCAUGUUUUCCUCCUUGCCCUCCUGACAUGUGUUCUCAUGUCAGGUCAACGUGUGCGUCAGUCCACAUUUUAAGCUUUGGUUACGGUAAUGAGAUUUGGAUAAGAUUCAUUCUUCAUUUUGUUUGCCUAGUGUUGACCCACUUGCCUCUGAACAUAUAAGAUGGUCUGAAUUUAUUAUUAAAAAUCAAGCUUUGAUCCAGCUCUACAAUUGUGUCGCUCGGCAGGAUUUUUUCACCUUAAGUUUAACGGUUAUUAGGUAAUAGAUUGAAGAAUGCGAAAGCUUUGUUGUCUUACAAUCUCAUACGAGUGUUAGUGGGGCGCGAUUAUCGUGCUUCUAAACGACGUUUCUCCGACCAUUGUGUAGUUAAUUAUUUAGCGUAGGUACGUGACCAGUAGCCAUUGUACAAUUUUUGUUCUCAUAAAUAAAUAUUGCGUCCGAUUAUGCUCUCUAUCGUGCGUAUCACGACUGCGUGUUUGAUUGAUAAUCUUUUUUAAGAAUGAUUUCGUCCUUGAGACGCAUUACGCUUAUUCCAACCCGCUUUUUCUUGAAUGUGUUGAUUGUUCGUUUGAGUGACAAGCUUAUCCUGUGUUAGUGAUGCCUUCAGUUUGUGCCAAGCUAGAGCUAUCUUUUAAUUAAUUUGCUUUGUAUUUGUUUAAGUUGGGAAUGCGCGUUUGUUCGGUUGUUGGAAGUCGGAAAUUCGAUGAAUCGCUGUACUACGCCCAUGCUCCGUACAGUUUAGACAAAGUUUUGUAGGCGAGAUGUGAAAGUUAAGAUUUUUAGCAGCUGUGAUUUGUGUGCGCGGAGAAAAAAAGUUGCUCGAGAGCAAUAUGAAAGUCUACCAAAAAUAUAAAAUGUUUGCCAAAAUGUGUCAAAUUUUUUAAAAAUUAGAAAUUUAAAGACGAUGAGAACAUUUCUAUUGAGCUCGAGGCCAUCUUGCUUGCUUUUAGCAGUCCAAUCCGCAUGCGAAAUGGACCAAGAUUGUUGGGAAAUAUGCGCGUGUAUUCUGAUGAGAUUCUCGACGAAUGGUGCCAACUUUAUUGCACACUUAGUGCAAAACUAAGCAAUUUUUGCAUGGCUGUUUAAGAGGGGAAUGUGUUGUCGUUUGGUAGUGAAAUAACAUCAUGGGUUUGAAUUGUGUUCUGGCUCCAGACCCUACCAUAGUUAACUACAUCGCUGAAACUCCCUAUCUCUUCGCCAAUCCUGAUUUACACCUUUACAAUCAAUGUCACAAUUCACAGUGUUCAACUAGUCCAACAUGAAUUAGUAAUAGUUUCAAAUGAAUAUAAUAUAUCUAUUACGCAUUUUCCUGGGAGACCGUAAUGAAUUUUGUCUCGUCAAAUAGACUUUCGUGUGUCUGCUAUAGAUUAGAAAAAAACUUUAUUUAUGACAGAGCCUCACUUCUGAAAUCUCAACUACGUUUAAUUUGUUUAAAUGUCGAUAAUAAUGAAUGGAAAUCUUGCAUUUUGAAUGCUGUAAGCGGCAUUUCAGUGCCAACAGUUCAUUAUCGGCUGUUCAUUGAUGGUGUUCACUGAGUCAGCUGUGAGACCAGGGACUUGAUAGAAGACCAGACUUGUUUUCUAUACGUGAAUCUCUUGAAUGAUAUUGUACUCCAUCGAGUUUAUUUUGUUGAUGUUGUGAUAUUCUAUUUUCGUGCUUCUCAUAGAAAUUUAGUAAAAGAUUUGUUGUUC